GGGCUACGAUGGAUGCGGCACCGAGAGCGCGGUCGAGCCGCGCGCCCUCACCCCGAGUUCGUGCCUGUUGACAUAGCAGCAGUACUCCCCGCGGGGUGCAGAGAGAACUCCUCCAUACCCGAGGGCAGUAAAAUUGGAGUUGCUAGCGGGGGGGAAGACUGGGAGAAGGGAGCGAGGCCCGAUGUAUCGCUGCCGUCGCCGACCGCGGGCGGCAGACUUUGGAUUAACGUGGUGGAUGGCAUGGUGUGGCCGAGCGCACCCGCGCCGUGUUCGGAGGUUAGGGGAGGGAUGCUGUGCGACGAGCCUGGGUUGGGCAAGACCAUCACGGUGCUGGCGCUGCUCCUACGGACGAGAGGCAUGCUGCCAGGUGGGACUGUUGGGGGAAACGUAACCAAGGCAUCAGUAUUUGGGAUGGCUUGCUUUUGUGGUGGGACUGUCCCACGCCCUCUUGGGGUUUCCUCGAGCACGAGAUCGGGUGGCGUUAGUGCCGAGGAGCAGUGGCGAAAUUGGGGCAGCUUGGAGCGACAGGGGGCCAUGAUGAAAGUGGUUCGGGCCUUGCAGAUCAGCGACCCCGCGGGAAUGUUCAGCCGUGUGCUGGACGAGGAGACUCUUGAGGAACUAGGCAUGCUGGACUACGUCGCCGUGGUUGGUGAACCGAUCGACCUCCAGACCAUCGCAAGGCAAGAGAGAAGCGCUACAUCGCUUCGCACAGAGGUAGCGGUCGGUGCGCGAGCGUGCUCGCGGGGGCCCCGUGACUCCGUCCCCUCGUACGACACAUUCCAAGAGUUCGCGUCCGAUGUCCGGAAAGUGUUCUCAAAUGCGAUCGCCUACCACAGCGGCGGCGGCGGCGAUGGCGCGGCCGUUUCGGACCGUUCUAGCGGAGGCGGUGGCGGUGAUGGCGAUGGCGAUGGCGGGGACGCUUCCGUGCGGCAGGGGCAGCCGCACGGGAGGGACCGAGCGAUGCCGAAGGUGGCCGAGGCAGCGGAGGAACUUUCGAGAGAAGCGGAGGAUCUUUUGAAGGGCGUCUUUGUGGCCCGCAGAAUCGACCGAGCCGAAGCCUUGGUGGAGAGGCUUCGUUCGCUCAAGGCUUCGUCGGCGACGCUGAUCGUGGUUCCGCCGCCUAUGCUCCCUCAUUGGAGGAAUCAGCUAACCCUGCACGCUGAGCACGGGAGACUAGGCCCUGUUUUUUUCGACGAACGCUCGGACACUCGCCUCCCCCCCGUGGACGAACUGAAGGAAUUCGGAGUGGUCGUCACGACGUAUCAGCGGCUGACCAACGAGCAGCCCGGGUGGUCUGACUCUCCGCUUUCGCGCAUCUAUUGGCUCAGGAUGGUGCUGGGUAACCGUAAAUGA